AUGGACUCAUAUUAUUCAUACAAUAUUAAUGAAUAUUCUAAUUAUUCUUCUUCAACUCAUCAGUUUCCUUAUUACAAUCAAUAUAAUGAUCAGCACCAACAAAUCAGGGCUCGCCGGAAACAGCCGCCGCCUCCGCCAGCUUUCACCGCCGCCCUCCACUCCGUGCGCAAGUUUCCGGCGAAGAGCUUUAUUCCCAAGAAAUUACCAAUCGCGCCUAUUCCACGGACCCCGCCAAAGCUCUACAAGGUGGACCCCGCCGAUUUCAAGGAUGCCGUCCAGAAGCUAACCGGCCUGAAACCGGAGCUCCGGCGGCCCACGCGGCUGCAGGAGGUGGCCCCGCCACCACUAAGGCUAUCUCCGCCGGCAUUCUUCCAUCCGUCGGAGAAUUGGGAUAAUGCUAUUAUUGAUGUAGAUCAAGAAGAAGAAAAAGAAUCUCGAAAAUCAUUCGAGAAAACAUGUGGGGCCCUCAGUCCGCUAGGGUUUACCUUGUCGCCGGCGUCGCUUGCAUGGUGCUCUUCUAUACUUAUGAGUCCAGGAACACUUGCUUUCUGCUCCGAGCCAACUGCACUCCUUUAG